UCCGCCCCAGCAGGAACAGCUUGUCAGCCAGCUUCCCAUCCGCCCCAGAAAACACUGUCCCAUCUCGGCGAGCAACGUCCCUGCAAACCUGCCCCAGGCUUGGUGGCAGUCUCCACGAUGCCACAUUUGUGCAGGCUGGUGGUCCACACACUGCUGGGGCUGGGGUCCCUGCUGGUGGGGGGGCUGCCGCCACCCUGCCCCCCCACCUGCCAGUGCUAUGACACCUCUAAAGUCUUCUGCUCAGAGGAGAGGAUGCAGGAGAUCCCGGCAGGCCUGCCAGGGAAUGCCACCCAGCUCUUCUUCGUGGAGACAGCCCUGAGCAGCAUCCGCAGCGGGGCCCUGGGCUCCAGCACCGCCCUCACCAAGCUGGUCUUCCUCAACAAUGACAUCCAGGAGCUGGAGGCAGGCGCCUUUCGGGGGCUGCCCAGCCUCGCUGAGCUGGAGGUGUCGGGUAAUCCCUUGCCAGCGGUCAGCCCGGGAGUGCUGGUGGGGCUGCCCAGCCUCAGCAAGCUCUCUCUAGGUGCCAACGCCAUCCGCUCCCUGCAGCCCGGGCUCUUCGCCUCCGCCUGCCGCCUGCGGGAGCUGCACUUGCCGGCAAACAAGAUCGAGGCAUUGCCCCCCGGCAUCUUCCGCCCCCUCCGGCACCUCCAGACCCUGGACCUCUCACAGAACAUCCUGGCUGAGCUGCCCGCUGGGCUGCUGGCCCCCCUCGCCACCCUCCGCCUCCUCAAGCUCAGCGAUAACCUGCUGGUGCAGGUGCCCCCCGGUGCUUUUGGGGCGCUGGGCCUGCUGGCCGAGCUCCACCUGGAUGGCAACCGGCUGGAGGAGCUGCCGGCCCAUGUCUUUGCCGGGCUGGGGGGCCUGCGGCGGCUGCAGCUGCAGCACAAUGCCCUGGGCAGCCUGGCCCCUGACAUCUUCGCUGGUCUCCCCAACCUCACCACCCUCAGCCUGGAGGGCAACCGCCUGGCCGCCCUGCCUGCCGCCCUCUUCACUGGCACCCCUCACCUCCUCCACCUCUCGCUGGCUCACAACCGGCUGGAGACGCUGCCCCAGGGGCUCUUCGCCAACCUGUCGGCGCUGCAGACUCUGGUGCUCUCACACAAUGCCAUGGUCCACCUCCCUGCCGGGCUUUUCCAGGGGCUGGUGGGACUGGAGGUGCUGCAGCUGAGCCACAACAACCUCUCCAGCCUGCCGGCGGGGCUGCUGGCUGGGCUGCCCCUCCUCACCGCCCUGGCGCUGGACCACAACCGCCUGGCCCACCUGCCCCCAGGGCUCUUCGAUGCCAACGAGGAGCUGGAACGAGUGGGGCUGGCCAGCAACCCCUGGGCCUGUGACUGCCGCCUCACCUACCUCCUGGGCUGGCUCCAGGACUUUUCCAAGCCCCCCAUCCAUGUGCAACCCUCCUGCGCCAGCCCGGCCGCUCUCCAGGGACGGUCCCUGCUAGACGUCCCCCAGGGGCAGCUGGGGUGCCCAGGAGCCCCUGGUGUCCCCCUGAAGGAGGGCUGGCACAGGGAGCCAGGGGAGGAUGCUUCAGGGCAAUGCACCUACAGCAACCCCGAGGGCACAGUAAGCAUGGCCUGUGAUGCUACCAGCUGCCACCAGAUCAGCCUUCAGCUUCCUCCUCCUCCUCCUCCCAGGCAGGCAGCAGGGCCGGGGCUGGUGUACCAGGGUGCCUGGGUGCUGCGCUCCCGCUGUGGCACGCUGCAGGUCAGUGUCCUUGUCACAGCGCAGAAUGGGGAUGAGGCCACGUCACCAGGUGUCCCCUCUGCACCCUACCUGGCACCAAGUGGGGACCUGGACAAGUAUGGCAUCGACACUGGAGGGGGGACAAUGUACCAGCAUUUCCUUUUCCUUUUCUUCCUCUCAUUCCAUCCCCAUAAAUGCCAAAAUGAAAUCCUAGGUGAAGAUCCAUAUGAAAUGCCCAAAGACUACCAGGAGGUCUACAGAGGGACAAAAAAUGAUGUCAAAGAGAUCCCAAAGACUGCAAAAUCCUUCAUUUCUGAGAUGAUCUUUAUGCAAACCAGCAUCACUGCUAUAAGGAAAGGUGCCUUCAGGUACAUGCCCAACCUGAUCAAGAUUUUGUUUAUUGGCAACAAGAUCAAGACAGUGGAACCUGGAGCCUUUGAUAAUUUGGACAAACUGAGAGACUUGGACAUCUCUGGUGCCUCGUUAGAAGAACUAGCUGUGGGUACUUUCCAACACCUCCCAAGCUUGCGGAGGCUGGAGCUGAGAGACAGCCACCUCAAAUAUAUCCCCAAAGGCCUGUUUGAUGGGCUGGAAAAUUUGGAAGAGCUCUCCCUGCACAUCAAUGCAAUCCCUUCUCUUCCUGAAGGUGUCUUUGAUUCUCUCAUCAAUCUAACAUUUUUGGACUUGGCUAGAAACAGGAUCACGACUCUUCCUGGGGAUGCCUUUAGCAAACUUUCACGGCUGCAAGUCCUCCGGCUGUAUGAGAAUGAGUUGCAGGACCUCCCAGAGGGGCUGCUAGACAGUCAGACAGGGCUGCUGGAGCUCAGCCUCCAGAGGAACAGGCUCAGGGCUCUGCCACCCAUGCUCCUGAAGAGCCUGCCUCACCUAGAGAAACUCCUCUUGGACAACAACCUCAUCAAGGCUCUCCCACCUCAGGGCUUUUUUGCUUUAAACAAAUUAAAGCUGCUGACUCUGGGUUCAAACCGCAUUACAGAACUCCCCUGUGGCCUUUUUGACACCAUGCCACACCUGCAGGACCUGGACUUGGGCAGGAACAGUUUGGCCACGCUUCCAGACAGCAUCUUUGUCAACCUCACGUCUCUUGGCAAACUUAUCUUGUCCCACAACCAGCUAACAGCCCUGCCAAGAGGAGCCUUCACUGGGCUCAGCAAGCUCACGGAACUCCAGCUGGACAGAAAUCAGCUCUGUGCUCUGGAUGAUGAGGUCUUUUCUUCCCUCCCAAAUCUGAAAACCCUCAACCUUCAGAAGAACCAACUGAAGAGUGUCCCUCGAGGGCUCCUGGACCCCCUGAAGAAGCUCAGCUCAGUGUAUCUGAGUGGGAACCCAUGGACAUGUGACUGCAACCUCUGCUACCUGCACAGCUGGAUCCUGGGCAACAGUGAGAAGGUCAGAUUGUCCACCCAGGUGUCAUGCAAGAGUCCACCCCACCUGGCAGGGCAAGCGGUGAUAUCACUGAGUGAUGACCAGUUAAUUUGCCCAGCUACUCUGCCUCUUUCAGAUUCUUUUACCCCAUCUCUGCCAUUCACCUCCACAUCAUCACAAGGAAUGUCAACCUUGGUGUCACUUGGAGCCUUGCCCACUGCAGCGCCAACCAUACUGUCACUGGCAGCCUUUCCCAUCAUGGCACUACCAACUGUGCUGUCACCUGUGGCCACCUCUGCCACGUUGCCACCCACCCCAUCAGAGGCCUCCUUCACCACUCCAUCACCAACCAUGCCAUCUAAGGCCUUUGUUACCACUCCAUCAUCAUCUCUGCUGCCGAAGGCUUCUAUCACCACUCCGUCACCAACAAAUGUGCCCAAGACCUCCAUCACCACACCAUCAUCAAUCAUGCUGCCAAAGGCCUCCAUCACUACCCCAUCAUCUGCCGUGCUGCCUGAGAUCUCUGUCAACACCCCAUCAUCAACUAUGCUGCUGAAGGCCUCUAUCGCCACCCCAUUAUCAACAAAUGUGCCCAACACUUCCGUCACCACACCCUCAUCAGCUGUGUUGCUCAAGACCUCCAUCACCACCCCAUCAUCAACUGCACUGCCCAUGGCCUCCAUCACAACUCCAUCACCAGCUGUGCUGCCUAAGGUUUCCAUCACCACACCAUCACCGACUGUGCUGCCAGAGACCUCCAUCGACACCGGAUCACCAACUGUGCUGCCAAAGGCCUCCAUUGCCACCCCAUCAUCAACCAUGCUGCCCAGGGUUUCCAUCACCUCCCCAUUGCCAGCUGUGGCACAGGAGGCCUUCAGCCUGUGUCUAACUCCAGCCAUCACAAGCCUAGAGCCUCCUGGGGCCACCAGCCCAGAGCCUGCACUGUCCACUCUAGUUUCUGCCACCACACUGCUGCCAAGCAGCCCACUGGCAGCCACCACUAGACAAGUGUCUCCUGCUCUUCUGCUGCCCACGGAGAGGCCAGCCACCAUCCCACUGGGGACACCCAGCAUCUCCCUUGUCUCAGCCCCUGCUACGGCACUCUGGCCACCUCCCAGGGCUGCUGUGCCAGGUGUGGUCCUGCUGACCUCACACUGCCCAUCCCACCAAGCUCCUGCACCAGGCAGAGACCAUGCCACCACGUGGGGCUCAUCCAUGGUUGGCACCCAGCCCACUCCCACAGCCCCCCGACAUACUCCAACUCCUGCAGGCACCAUCCGGAUCCCAGCAUCUCCCGCUCCCCCCACACCAGACCACAGCAGCCCCUGGCCAGCCUCCCCACCCCUGGUCCCCAGCCGGCAUCACACCUGGGGCUUUGCCCUGCAGUCCAGCCCCCGGUACUGCUGGGCCUCCCUGGCCCUGAGCCUGGCCACGCUGGUGCUGCAGGUGGGCUGCACCCUGCUAUGGGGGAUGCUCGCCCUUCUCCUCCACCGAGCCACCUGCUGCCGGGGCCACCCUGUGCCACCGGUGAGGCUGCUGAGUCUCCAAGCCCUGGAUGCCCCGGGACCUGCUGAACAACCCCGGGCGCCGCUUUGAGCUUUGCUGCUCCUGGGCAAUGGCCGUCAUCCUCCUUUGGAGCCUGGAGCCCUGCUGGGGUGCGUAUCUCCUGGGGCGCGGACUGUCCCCAGGGGUGGGUGUCCCAGCACCCAGGCUGUUCGGGGCCGCCUCCCAGCUGGCCCCUGGAGAUGCUGCGAUGGGGAGCCUGUGCGUGGUGUCACAGCCUGACGGGCCCUUCUGCCAAGCGACACUAGAUGGCAUCCCGACACAGGCAGUGGCUGCCACCGCCUGCCCAGGGCCAGCGGGAGCAGUGGCGCUGGAAGCACCGCACCGAAAUGCUGGAGACCCCGCAGCCGGCCAGGUGGGACCUUGCUGGACCUCGGGCACGGCCAGCUCUUGCUGCAGGGUCUGGUCGGGGUCCCUGCCUGCACCUCCUCCCCAUCCCGGGCAGGUACCCAACAGAGCGCCAGCAGUCCUUGGGGAAGGACAUCCCAAGGCAUCCUGUCCUGCGCCCAGGCUUCUUCCCUGUGCCACAUUAUGGGAGGUGUCAGUGCCUGUACGUCCAUCAUGACACUGACCUCAUCGCCUCUCUUUCUCCAUUUUCUUCUCACUGGUAUUAAAGCCCCCCCUGCAUCUCUGCUGUGCACUGAAGGGCUGGCGAGAGGAGUACUUGCAUCCCAGGGCUGUUCUUGCCGUGACCUGCUGCAGGGGAUGCUUGUUGCUUGCUGGACUGUGGCGUCCCCAACCAGCGCCAAUCAUCAGGGUGCAAGACCAGGGUUGCACACCCUCUUGCAGACAGAGGCAGAGUGAGACAAGAGACAUAUUUUUCUUUCCCCUCUUGCAUCUCAUGUCCCUAAAAACCUCUUUGUGAUGCCACCUGGCCUCUUGGGAAGAGUGAUGUUUGGGCAUGGCUGGCCAUGGUAGUUCUUGUGCCAUAACCUCACCUGAUGCUGAGCUCCAACUGCAGGCUGGGCACCAGCUCUCUGGAAGCUCAGGAGGAAGGGGCUAACUCUCCUGGUAACUGAAGGGCUGAUGUGUUGACUUCACGUCUGCAGUCCCGGGCUAUCGCCAGAGCCAGGAGAGUGCCAAACUUAAGCAAAAGUGGGCGUUUCUGCGUGUUUUCUACCAUAGCAGAAAGUGCUGAAAGUUUCACUGGAAAGCUUUAGCCCAGAAGAUUUCUGAGCUAAUGAAUGAGAUUGUUCCUUGCUUUUGGUGUCUGGGUACUUUAUUUUGCUCUGAGCUCAGCAUUGACCUUGCCCUGUGCCAGGCAAGCUGCUCCCAAAUUUAAUGACCCUGGUUACUACAGUGUUGCAGGUGUCUGUCUUCAACUCACCGCCUUUGCCGACAGCACCUGCUCCGUGUCCUGCCCUGCUUUUGGGUGCCCUUCCCCAGGCAUGGGGCAUAGGGACUGCCUGGCUUUGGGGGCAUCUCGGUGGGAAAACCCCUGAAAAUCAACAGUCAGGACGUGCUGGGCAAAGAGCUGCGGGGAAGCGGCUUAGAAGCCUCCCGGCCGGAGAGCCCCAAGUGCCCCAGCUCCCCUGCCUGGUGCAAGACUAAGGGAGGGGGAAAGGGGCUUUGUGUUUGAGUGUGUGCCUGCAGCUAUGCGUUAGGGACCUGGAUAUAUGUCUUUGCUAAGAGCCUGUGCAGUGUUACUGGCUCUUCGGCUGCUCCUUGAAGUCCUGCUGACGGCUGUGAAAUACGGGAGGCGAACGCGGGGCAGCACAUCUGGGCGGGAUGGAGCGAGCGGGGCCAAGGCUGGCACGGUGGGUAAUGAGACACAGAUGAGGGGGAGGGAGUGUUUUUCCUGGCAGUCCAGAUGGGCUCGACUUAAUACUUGAUUUAGAGGGUUUGAAAUGGGGGCCUGGCUGCUGGGGAACAGACCCCGAGCAUUUCCCGGGGCGGGGAGAGGGGGGGUCUCCGCUGGCUUUUCAGAUAUUUAAUGGCCCAGUGCAGUCUAAACAGGGAAGUACUUCGGGGUGAGAUUAGCACAACAUAAUCACAUCUUAAAAGGUCUUCAGAGACACAAGGCACGUCCGCUCUCAUAUUAAUUACUCGUUAUUAAUAAAGCUGGGGUCAGGCUAGAGGUGUUCGCUCUGGAGUGUGCUGCUUCCCCUUCUGCAGAGCGGUGGUGGAUCUGAAAGCAGCACAAAGCCCCACAGCCUCCACCUGUGCCCGUCCCGCUCUGGAAACCAAACGGCCAACAUUCCUAAAGCUGCCUUUAAAAAUAAUUUGCCCCAUAAUACCCCGAAAAGGCCACAUCUUUCUAAGUGCCCAGAACACCUUUGAGUGCUGUAAAAUAAUAAUAGCCAGGGUGUUCUCAGCAUGGGAAUUUCCUGCUAUGAUUGAUUUCUAAUUUGCAACGAAAAUGCAGCCGCUCGUGUUCCCAGAGCCAGGCUGGUGCAGCUGGCUCACAGGCAGGAAUCAGCUCCCUCGAUCCCUGUGGGGCUGAUCCCUGGAGGGCUACAGCUGUGCUGGGCUGGGAGGAAUUAGCAGCUGUUCCUGUUUGGCCCGGCUCGCUCUGCUGUCCCCCCAGGAAGGAAGGGGCUGAGAGGUGGGUGGGAUGCUGGGCGUCCUGGGGGUGAUGUGCCUGGGCAGUCUGUGGGGAACAUGCCUGGGUUUGCCGAUUGCCGAGCAAGAGCAGCCAGAGAGCACCUGGGGAUGGGGCAGGGCAUGGGGGAUCUGCACCGGGGAGACCAGUGCACAGGUUUGCUGCUUUGGAGCUUCACCUUGCCGCAACGCCAAGGAGAGACCUUCCUCCCAGCGGGGAGGUGCAGGUGUCCAGGGAAUGCACAGCCCCCAGUACACCCUCCUCACUCUGCUGUGGGCGGCCUGGGCAGCCCUUUGCAGGACAGCCAUUGUACUGAGUAGCACCUGAUGAUUUUUUUAAUCCUUGGAUUUCUCUGGUUUCUCUGAACUCAGGCAAGAUUUUAGCAUCCACAGCACCCUGUGGUGAGGAGUGCCCAGGAUUGCCCAUGCACUUAAUGAGGCAGCACCUCCCUUUGCUCUCCCCCUGCUCACUCCUUACACAGGAUGCUCUUGGUCUUGCAUUGGAAAAAAAAGGUGAGUGUCCCUAUGUGGCAUCUCCAGGCUGCGUGUGACACCAUAGAUCUCUUCCCAAUAUGAGGUCCUCAUAGUUAGCCUCAGGUGACAACCAGUUAGCAGCAGAGACAGGAUACUAUGCAUGCAUGUCCUUGAGUGGUGCUGGGACCAGGAGGGUCUCCAGGAUGGCCUGUGAGUCCCACAGCUGCCACUGGCUCUCUUCCUGCCCUGUGCAGGUGAGCCAUGGUUCCCAUAGCCCUCUCACUGGUGCUGUGGUACUGACUUGUAACCCCUUUGCCCAUCAGCCCCACCGGGAGCUCCCUGCGCUGCAGGUGCAGUGGCCUGUCCCUGCCACCUUCCCCUGGUCCCCUGCCUGUCCCUGGGGUGCCCUGUGGGCAAGAAUGGGGCUUGUGAGCAACAGCCCUCUCUUGUGACUGGUGGGAAGGGGGGCAACACCUGCAUGGGGGGAUUUGCACAAUAACCUGGGUAGGGAGCAAACCUGGAGGAGGAGUUCCACUGCUGGCUCACUGCUGGGAACCUGCCCCAGCCCAUGGCUGUGCUGUUGUGGAUUCCUCCCUGGGCACCUGCCUCGUGUGCUGGCCCCAAACACGUGCCAUUGCUGUGCCAGGAGCAGCGUCAUGCUGACCGCUGGUGUGGGUUGAGCCCCCAUGUCUCUCAAGACUGCCUGCCCCAGCAGGCUGAGGGGCUGGGCGCUGGCUGCUCCAUGCGCUGCGGGCAGGGCGAGAAGGGGCUGGCUGGCAUUGUGUCCCUAGGAGCAAGGAGGUGCUGGCAGUGCUGCCUGGACAGGUGGGAUGGGCAACAUGGGACCUGCAGAGUGAGCAGCUGAGCUGGGGCAGCUCCCUGGCAGAGGCGCCUGUGUCUCCUGGGAUUAGCCAAAGGACUGGCUGGGCCAGCAUGUCUGGCACCCGCUGGGCUCAGCGGAGGUGAUGGUGGCUGGCAGUCAUUGCUCAGUGUUGCUGCUGUGCCCCCUCUAUGCUGCUGGUGGUUUUGAACACCAGCACCGCUCCUCCAUGUGUUCUCUGCACAGUCUGUCUGUCCCUCCCCAUCCUUCACCCACAGCAUCCCCGUCAGGUUGUGCCUUACCAAGAAGCCCUGUGAGAUGCAUGGGGCAGGACCUGAACUGGGACAUUCAUUCAUCUGCUUCGGCCUUGGCAUCUCCCAAUCCUCCUGCAAAAGGGCUGCAGCCACAUCUCACCAGGGCAGGGGCCCAACCUCCCCCAGGGCAGCUGGGGCAGCGGAGGACACCCAGGCAUCGGUGUUGAGGUUCGAGGGGGCACAGGGCUGGCACCCCCAGCGUUCCCUUCCUUGGUCUGCCUGCAUCACGCCUUGUGCUGCACAUGCUUUUACCCAGGAUUUGGGCAGGGCAUGAGUGCAAGGGCAAGGAAAACCAGCCGGUGCCUCCUCCCCUGGGCAGCAGGAGAGCUCGGAGGGGCGGAAGCUGCCUGUUUGUUUAAGGUGCAAACAAGUGCUGUUAAUCUGCUGCCUGUUUGUAUUUCUUUAGAGCCCCCAGGCGCAGGGGGGUGAGCGGAGAUGGGGUCUCCCCUUUGUGCGGGGGCAGGGUCAGGCUAUUGGAAGUGGAGGUGAGAAAACACAGAGGGGCAGCUGGAACCUGCUUUGGGAGGGAAAGAUUUUUUUCGGCUAUUUAUGAUAAUUAGUGGGAAACGUUCCUCAAGCGUUUCAGAUGAUUCUGUAAUGAAGUUGGGCAGAAUGUUCACGCUUUGUUCCCCUGGAACCAUUAAAAAUCCCCCUUCUUUGGCUGCCUUAAUGCAAUGCUGAAAAGGCACAAUGGCAUAAAAGUGGCUCUGGGCAGGGCGGCACGCCUCCUGCCCCACCAGAUAGAGCCCUUCAGAGCCCAGAUUUUCUGGGUUAUAAACCUCAGUGCCUGCAAUGUUCAUGCAAAGGCUGCUGCAGGUCCUGCACCCGGGGCUCUGUCACAUCCCUGAUGCCAGCCAGUGCACGUGAGUGCCAGCCGGGCAGCACCACCGAUGGCGGCAUGCUUGUGGGGAGCAACAGCUGACACAAACACACCGGAGUGGGGAAGGGCAGGCACAGCGAGGAACGCCAUCGGUCCGCUUUUAUAGAAAAGCUGCUUUGGCCCAAGGUUGUGCUGGGAGUUUGCUGGGGUGAAAUGCUGCGCUGGAAGGGGACGGAUCCCUCUGCAGGGGGAAAUGGCGAGCUCAGCCCCAAGGAAAGAUCUUUUGAGACAGCGCUGUUCUGGGCCAGAUCCUGCCCUGCCUGCCAGGGUCCCCCAGGCACCUGCACAGAGCAAGGCAUGCGAAAUCCAGCCAUGACCCUUUGGGUGGAUCACUAUCGGGCUGCAAGAGCUGGCUUAUUCUCCUCUUGCUUUUAGCAGUGGAAGGAUUCUCCAGAAUAAUAAGUAAUGAAAAAAAAAAUCCACCUACCUGAUCUCAGGCAUUUAUCAGCACUAUUUCCCCAAGGGUGAUGUGUAAAGCUAAUGGCAGCUCUCCUGUUAAAGCCAUGAUAAAAAAGGGGAAAACGGCAAGAGCUUUCAGUGUACUGGUAGUGGCAACUAAAUGUGACACUUCUCGGUGUCCCCAUCAACAUUCCCAUCCGUUCCCUGUCUGAUGAGCUCAGGGUCCCAGGCUGGGACAUAGGGCUGCAGCUGGCAGCAGGGAGCUGCUCCCCUCCUGCUCCACCUUCGGCUGGGUGAGGGUGGCUGGGGACAGGCACCUGGUGCAGGCACCCAGCAGCAGUGCAACCCUGCAGUACUGUGCCUGCUGGCCACGCACCUUCCUGCCUGUCCACGGCUGGUGUUAUUUAGACGGCGAGCACUAAUGGGGAUCACGUCACCCUUAAUGCCCACCAGCUGCCCCAUGACUGGAGCUGAUGUGGCCCACUAAGGCAUAAAUUCAUCAGGGGAGGAGAGGUUAAGGGCUGGGAGCACAGUUCUCCAGGAGCUGCUCCAUCCCUCCACCUUGCCUGCUCCUGCUGUAAAUAAGGAAUCAUCUCAGACCCUUCUCUCAGUGGGGGAGAAUUUGCCAAUGGGAUGUUGGAGCUUUUCUUGGUGGUGGGAUAAAGGUACCUGUCGCCUCCACCUGUCCCUGCCACUGGCUCACGCUGGGAGUCUGGCUGGGAAGCUCCGUGAUGGCUGUGGGGCUGGUGACUCUGGACAGUGUGGGAACAGGCUGGGAGGGCUCCUGGGAGGAGUGGGAGGGCUUUCCUUUUCCCAGAGAUAAUGCAUGGCCUGGACAUGCAGUCACCAGCAGCAGGGUGACACAAUGAGCCCAGCCGUGAAUAAGCUGGAGCCCUUUCCUCCAGCUUCUGUUAUGGCAGGUCCUGAAGCGCCACUUGAAUUAUGAUGCCUUUGCCAGUCCCUCUGUCUGUCCCAGCAAACAUUUUUUGGUAAAAUUAGAUACACAGUAAAUCUUCUCUGGGAGCUGGGGCAGAGGUAUUUGAACAUCUGCUGGCACUGGGAUGGAGUAUUUGGCUGAUGUAUGUCUGCAGGCAAGGGUGAUGGGUCCUGGGCAAGGUGUGGUGCAUUUGGUCGCGGAGAUCGGGACAUAGGUGUUAGGGUGCUGCCUGCAUCAUGCUUUAAGCCUCUACACCGAGCCAAAUUGCUGUUUUUGCAAAGUUCACCAUGGGAAACCAGCUAUCUCAAUGUGUAAAGGUGAUGAUAAAGGUGAGCUUUGUGGACCAUGGCAAGCCCACGGCUUCCCAAGCAGCACGCAAGAGACACAGCCUGUCUGCUGGACCAGGCAGCUUUGGCAUCACCCCCAUCCCUGCCGGCACACCUCCACCCCUUCACUCUGCUUCCCCACCAGGUCCAGCGAUUGCUUUCCAACAAAUUAUUUCCAUAAGCUCUAGGCAGUGGCCAAAGACAAAACCUCAGGUAUGGAGUGAUGGCGUGCUCCUGACCUUUCCCACCACCGGACAAACAGAGCCAGCAGCACGAGGCAGGCGCACAAAGGCACUGCGCCGGCCAGAGCGCUGACCCCGCCGUGCCACAGAUACCUGCUGCUCCACCACAAUGGCCCCGUGGCCCCGGACGGCCUGCCGGGGCGAUGAAAAAGGACCCGAGAUAAUAAUGAGCCUGACUACCACUGCUCUCUUCAGAGAACCGAGUCAACUCCUUGGGAAGAAAGAAAAAAAAAAAAAAAAAAGAAGGAGGAAAAAAAAAGAAAGAAAAACCCCUCUUGGAUAAUAAAGAAGUAACAAAUAAAGACUGAAAGCCUAUAGAAGGCGUCUUAACCCAGCAAAGAAAAAAAAUGUCAACAUCUGUGGAGCUGUCUGCAAAAACAGACCGAACCCCUAAUGAAUACCCUCUAGAAAAGGCAUUCACUCGAGGAAAGGCAAAAGGCUACAUUUUUCUAUGGAGGUAUAAAGAUUUUGAUGAAUCUGCCCUUUCCCUUUCCAGUGCAGUUGAACCAAGCGCUAAUGUUCAUCUUCAGCUGUAUUAAAGGGUGCGGAGGGGGGUGGAGGGGGGAAGAGUCUUGAUCUGAAAGCUUAUGAGGAGGGUGGAUUUAGGGAGCCUGGAUAGAUGUCUGAGCACUAAAGCAAGGAAGAAAAGCAACAGGCAUUAGAGAAAAUACUGUUUAACAAGAGUUUCUUUAGUCAGCCCAUUUGAGCAGAGAUUGGUGUGCCAUAAAUGUAAUCCUCUUAGUGCUGACUUAAACGUGUUUGUACAAAACAGGGAAAUAUAAUAUGAAUGUAAUAGUCACGUUUGCUAAAAUGCUUAAUAAAAAGACAAAAGUCCUUUA